AUGCACGUAGCUUGGCUCUGGAUGUUCGGAUGUCUGGUCUUUUGGUUUCUUUUGGGGAGGACUUUAGGAAGAAGGAACCCUUCAGCUUAUUACAGAAAGCUUCCGGCACCCGAAGAUAAUCACUUCUUUCUUUACUUCAAGUGGUUAAUUUCCGUAUGGCACUCUUCUACCAACUACAAAAUCGCCACCUUUCGUAUAAUAGAAGAAUUAGUAUCCCUUUUUAAGGAUCACGGAAUGAUUCAAUACAGAUUUGGAAAAUUGGCCAGUUACGUUAUGCUCUUUCAUCACAAAACCGUACAACCAAUUCUAGAAAAUGGCAACAACAUCAAUAAAGCCGGUUUCUACAAUUUCUUCAAGCCGUGGUUAGGAAGUGGACUUUUACUCAAUUCGGGAGAAAAAUGGAGAAAGAGAAGAAAACUAUUGACACCAGCUUUUCAUUUUUGCAUCUUGGAGAACUUUCUACCCAUUAUGGACGAGCAAUCACGUCUUCUAGUCGAACGCCUCGAGCAAUGUCGAGAAGAAGAAUGGAUCGAUAUCGUUCCAUACAUUGCUCAAUGUGCCCUGAAUACCAUUUGCGAAACCGCAAUGGGAAUUCCAGCCAAAACUCAUAUUUCAAGAGGUUCCCAUUAUUUCGAAUCGAUGAAGAUGGUGUGCGAGACUAUACUACAACGAGUUUUCCACAUUUGGACUUGGUGCGACUUCAUCUUCUACCUGACUCCUAAAGGUUUAGAAUUUAAAAGAAAUUUAAAAGUAAUGAACGACUUUAUAAAGCAGGUCAUAGAAGAACGUAAAACUACUUUAGAGAAGAACAGAGAGAAAUCUGUUGAAGUGCGUGACGAAGAUAACGAUAUUUUCUUCAGAAAGAAGAGCAGGAAACCUUUUCUAGAUAUUAUACUCGACUGUUAUUUUAACGAUCCGGAAUUCACGUUAGAAGACGUGAGGCAAGAAGUUCAUGUUUUCAUGUUUGGGGUAAUUUGUUUCUCUUAA